UUUUAUAUGACCAGUUAUACAUUAGAAUCAUAUCAGAUUGAUCAGAUAAAGUUAAAUAGCUAUAUACUUGAUACAAAUUUAUUGCUACUCAAUAUUGUUGUAUGUUUUAUCUUGUUUUAUUGUGAACUACUUAACAAUGUAUAAAUUUAUAUUAUACGGUCUACUCUGUGUGAACGUGGCCGCCGAAAAUUAUGGUUUGUUUACAUUAAAAGUUACUGAUCUAGAUACAUGUAAGGGUCCAAAGCGUAGAGACUGUAGUAUAAUAACAGCAAGGAUGGAAAAUGGCGUCAACUUAUUCUACGAUAUUGAUAUUAAGGAAAACGUCAUACCAAAUAGGGGUAAAAUUGUAGCGAGCGCGAAUGGCAAGCAGCUAGUGAGGCUGCAAAUGAAGAAACCUUGUGACCAUUUGUUCAUGGGCCCCUUGUUUCAGUCGAUACUGAAUGUAACGAAAGAUUGCAUUUUUAUAAAAGGCCACUAUGCUUUUAACAUUGAUCUAGAGAAAGUUGCUCAGAAGUAUUACGGUGGUAUGUUUCUGUACGGCGACAUGACCUUCAAAUCUGUUUUCUACAGCGACGAUUGCAACUUCUCCUGCACCGUUGUAUCAGUUACGUUUACACCGAGAAACACAACAUCGCACACAAAUCUUGGUAUAUCAUGAAAUAUUCACAUAAUUUAAAAC